AUGAGGUCCUCGUUCCCAGAAGACCAAAAUGGUCUCAGACCAAUCUUCACAGAGCAUUUAUCAGCCUUCACAACUGCACUGUUCCCUGCUGCAUGGAAAGCCCUGAUCAGAGCCAGGGAGCCAUCUGGCAAGCUGGGUCCCAGGGCAGGCAGGAGGGCAGUCAGCUCCCAGCAGGACACUGCCAUCACCUGUGAGACCAGCACCUGUGUGACAAUCACCUGUGAGACCAUCACCUGUGUGACCAGCACCUGUGUGACCAUCACCUGUGUGACCAUCACCUGUGUGACAAUCACCUGUGUGACCAGCACCUGUGUGACCAUCACCUGUGUGACAAUAAACUGUGUGGCCAUCACCUGUGAGACCAUCACCUGUGAGACCAUCACCUGUGUGACAAUAAACUGUGUGGCCAUCACCUGUGAGACCAUCACCUGUGAGACCAGCACCUGUGUGACCAUCACCUGUGAGACCAGCACCUGUGUGACAAUCACCUGUGUGACAAUCACCUGUGUGACAAUCACCUGUGUGGCCAUCACCUGUGAGACCUGCACCUGUGUGACCUGCACCUGUGAGACCAUCACCUGUGUGACCAUCACCUGUGUGACAAUCACCUGUGUGGCCAUCACCUGUGUGACCUGCACCUGUGUGGCCAUCACCUGUGUGACCUGCACCUGUGUGACCAGCACCUGUGUGACAAUCACCUGUGAGACCAUCACCUGUGUGACCUGCACCUGUGAGACCAUCACCUGUGUGGCCAUCACCUGUGUGACCAUCACCUGUGUGACCAUCACCUGUGUGACAAUCACCUGUGUGAUCAGCACCUGUGUGACAAUCACCUGUGAGACCAUCACCUGUGAGACCUGCACCUGUGUGACCAGAACCUGUGAGACCUGCACCUGUGUGACCAUCACCUGUGUGACAAUCACCUGUGUGGCCAUCACCUGUGUGACAAUCACCUGUGAGACCAUCACCUGUGUGACCUGCACCUGUGAGACCAUCACCUGUGUGACAAUCACCUGUGUGACAAUCACCUGUGUGACAAUCACCUGUGAGACCAUCACCUGUGAGACCUGCACCUGUGUGACCAGAACCUGUGAGACCUGCACCUGUGUGACCAUCACCUGUGUGACAAUCACCUGUGUGACAAUCACCUGUGUGACAAUCACCUGUGAGACCAUCACCUGUGAGACCUGCACCUGUGUGACCAGAACCUGUGUGACCAUCACCUGUGUGACAAUCACCUGUGUGAUCAGCACCUGUGUGACAAUCACCUGUGUGACCAUCACCUGUGAGACCUGCACCUGUGUGACCAGCACCUGUGUGACCAGCACCUGUGAGACCAUCACCUGUGUGACCAUCACCUGUGAGACCAUCACCUGUGUGACCAUCACCUGUGUGACAAUCACCUGUGUGAUCAGCACCUGUGUGACAAUCACCUGUGUGACCAUCACCUGUGAGACCUGCACCUGUGUGACCAUCACCUGUGAGACCAUCACCUGUGUGACCAGCACCUGUGUGACCAGCACCUGUGUGGCCAUCACCUGUGUGACCAUCACCUGUUUUAUUGCUACAGAAUAA